AUGGCAGCAAGGGUAGCCACGUCAGCCGCGGUAACCUUGCAGGGGAUUCGGGCGCCACGACUGAAGCGUGCCCUGUGUGUAAAGUACGUAACGUUUUUAAGUUACGCAAAAAAAAUUAACCUGAAGGGACCGUGGAACAGGUACUACGGUUGCUUAUUCCGGACGGCAGGACCAGCUAUAACAUCCAUAAAAGGGUUAAUGAGAACGGUUGUGAUGCCUCAUGGGGGAAGGUUGCCUCGAAACAAGGACGUGUUGCUCGCUAAUCUGCUAAAGCAUAUACUCUCCAAGCCAGUAAAAAUAGCCUCCUUCGAUUUCGACGGUACGUUGAUCAACCCCACAGGAGAGAAGCACCCCAACAGUGUCCUAGUCAGUACGGAAGCCAUACAAAGCAUUAUUGUCUUAAAAAAAAUACACCAAUACAAGGUCGUGAUUUUCUCUAACCAGACGAAUGUCUCUUCCCCCUUGUACGACUCUGCCCACGUGGAGCAGAACAAGCUCCCGAUCCUCUUCACAAAGAUUGAACAGUUAACAGACGCACUCCGAUACUUUCACGCGUUGCAUGGGAAUCAUCUAUCGGUGCAACUGAAUGGAGGUUCGUACCGUUCGGUCAACCGCCGAUGUGGGAGAGCCACCCCCCCUGACACCCCAAUUGGUGCUGCACACAAAAACAACUUCCCGGUGAAUGCCUUCUUUGCAGUAGGGAAAGGGAACAUCGAAGCGUUGGAUAUUUACCCGAAGCCAAGCGAGGGACAGUACUGCCUGUUCAUCUGCCUGGAGGGAAUGAAAUAUGUCCUCCUCCUAAUGAGUUACUUUGCAAAAACGCACAGGACUCUCCUCGAGAGGGAAGCAAUCAAGCAGAAGGAUAAACCUUUGGGAGAAUUCCUCCUACUCGUGCUCGAUAUGUUAAGCAACCCCUAUUUACGUGCCCUGGUGAAGAAGCUUCGGAAGGGUCGUCCAUUCCACCUGAACAAGGUCAGGCUACUUAUGCUGGACGUGUAUAUAAAUGCCCUGUUGCAGAAAAUGGAGUUAUACACCCACUUUGGGAGGGAUCACCCGGGGUAUGCGUCACACGUGGAUUUCUUUCUAAGUGACGCGGAUUGGGGUGGCAAUGUUGCGCGUGUUGGAUCUCCCCCUCCACCGGAGCUGCUCCGUGAUGAGCUUUUUCUGACCCACCUGACCCGCUGCCUGGCCCGCAAAAACGAAAUAAUGAAACGCCUCACCACCACCUUCUCCAGUGUGCUCUUCAAUUUUAAGGAUAGUUUUUACGCGGGGGACAACGUCGGUCGGGACUUCGACAAAUCGGACGUGGACUUGCAGUUCGCCGCACGGGCUGGGAUGAGACUCCUGGACGACGGACAGAUACGCCAGUUGGGUGGCCCCAAGGAGUAA